CUGGCGCGGACGCGGGCGCGGAGCCGGCGCCGACCGGACCGGAGCCGAGUGGAGCGCGGAGCGGCGCCGCGCGCCCGCGGAGCAGCACACAACGCCCUCAAGGACCCCGUUGCCCUGGAUGUGCAGCCCCUGCCAGAUGUGGGAGGCAGCUACCUGGAGGCAUGCCCCCUGCCCGGCCACACCGCCCCCACCUGCUGCUACUGCUGCUCCUGGUCUGCGGGCCGCAGGCCCCCUCCGCUCAGGUGAUGGACUUCCUGUUUGAGAAAUGGAAGCUCUACAGUGACCAGUGUCACCACAACCUGAGCCUGCUGCCCCCUCCCACCGAGCUGGUCUGUAACAGAACCUUCGACAAGUAUUCCUGCUGGCCUGACACCGCCCCCAACACCACGGCCAACAUCUCCUGCCCCUGGUACCUGCCUUGGCACCACAAAGUGCAGCACCGCCUUGUGUUCAAGAGGUGCGGGCCCGACGGGCAGUGGGUGCGCGGGCCCCAGGGACAGCCAUGGCGCAACGCCUCCCAGUGCCAGAUGGACGACGAGGAGCUCAAGGUCCAGAAGGAAGUGGCCAAGAUGUACAGCAGCUUCCAGGAGAUGUACACGGUGGGCUACAGCCUGUCCCUGGGGGCCCUGGUCCUCGCCCUGGCCAUCCUGCUGGGCCUCAGCAAGCUGCAUUGCACCCGAAACUACAUCCAUGCAAACCUGUUCGCGUCCUUCGUGCUGAAGGCCAGCUCCGUGCUGGUCAUCGAUCAGCUGCUCAAGACCCGCUACAACCAGAAGAUCGGCGACGACCUCAGUGUGAGCAUCUGGCUCAGUGACGGGGCGGUGGCCGGCUGCCGCAUGGCCGCGGUGUUCAUGCAGUACGGCGUGGUGGCCAACUACUGCUGGCUGCUGGUGGAGGGCCUGUACCUGCACAGCCUGCUGGACCUCGCCACCUUCCCCGAAAGGAGCUUCUUCACCCUCUACCUGGGCAUCGGCUGGGGUGCCCCCAUGCUGUUCGUCAUCCCCUGGGCGGUGGUCAAGUGUCUGUUUGAGAACGUGCAGUGCUGGACCAGCAAUGACAACAUGGGCUUCUGGUGGAUCCUGCGCUUCCCCGUCAUCCUGGCCGUCCUGAUCAAUUUCUUCAUCUUCGUCCGCAUCAUUCGUCUUCUCGUGGCCAAGCUGCGCUCCCGCCAGAUGCACUACGCUGACUACAAGUUCCGGCUGGCCAAGUCCACGCUGACACUCAUCCCCCUGCUGGGGGUCCACGAGGUGGUCUUCGCCUUCGUGACCGACGAGCACGCCCAGGGCACCCUGCGCUCCGCCAAGCUGUUGUUCGACCUCUUCCUCAGCUCCUUCCAGGGCCUGCUGGUGGCCGUCCUCUACUGCUUCCUCAACAAGGAGGUGCAGUCGGAGCUGCAGCGGCGCUGGCACCGUUGGCGCCUGGGCAAAGCGCUGCGCAGGGAGCAGCGCACCGGCAGCCACACGGCCUCGGCUGGGCCUGCUAAGAACCUGCAGCUCGUGAGGGAUGGCAGCAGCAACGGCAUUGGCCAGGACCCCUCUGCGGAGACCCCCUUGGCCAGUGGCCUCCCUGGGUUGGCUGACAGCCCCUUCUGAAUCCCAGGCUGGGGCUGGACUCAGGCGCCCAGAGAGGGCAUCGCUGCACAGCCCAGAACUGGGGGCCCUGCCGAGCCCGGAGGGCCCUUGCUGUCCACCUCUCCCACCAGUGUGGCGGUCUGUGGGGUGGGGCUGCCCCUCCCCACACCUGCCUUGCUCCUGGGGACAGGGGUCUGGGGUGGGGGGAGCUGCGCUGUGAACUGCAUGCCUGCGUCGCCGUGUGUGCUGGUGUGUUCUGUGCGUGUGGAAAUGCGUGCUCUCCAACAAUAAAGAGCUGAGUAGUGGCCCUGUGCGCAUCCCAGAGG